GUGGCUGUGUACGGGCAUGGUUAGGUAUUGAUGAUGAUGCGUUCCAGGCUGGUGUGGAAGAUGCGGUUGAGACUUUGUCUGAGUCGGAAGGUUCUGCUGCUGUGGAGAUUAUUUGAGGAUUUAUUAAACCUCAACAAUUUCGGUUGAUGAAUGAUUUUGACUUUGGGAAGAGGUCAGCGCGUAGGUUCUAUGAAUUUCGAAGGAUUGGUUUGAAGUGGUAUAUAUUUCCAGAAUAAAAUACGCACGUGGUGCGGGACAUCGCACUCAUGGGUCUAAUUUAUGAUUAAAACUAAUAAUAUCUGGUACCUCAUUGUAAGUAUUUCAUCAAAUUUUUAGUUUAAUAUAAACUAUGGAUUUAGGUCAUAAAUCUAGGAAUUUGAUAAUAAUUAUGUUUUUUUUAAUAAAUAAAAAAAAAGAAAGAAAAAAAAUUAUUAAGCUUUGUGGAAGUAUUGAUUUAGGCCCAAAUGUAUUAGCUGGGCCUGGGCCUUUGUUGGGCCAGCCAAUAAGAAGUUUUUAUGCCCUAAAUUGAGGGUGAGAGAGAUCAAAGAGGACGUUGCGAGGGUUUUGGAUGUUCUCCGAUGGCGGUUGCUCGGCUGCUGCUUCGAAGCCGUCUCGCCUCUCUCUUAUCCCAUCAUCGGCCUCAAUCCCAAGGACUUGCACUGCCUUUCCAGAAAAGAAAUGUUGUUAGAGGUAUACAUGAAACAGUAAACAUAUCUGAUGAAGAUUUGAAUGACCCAAAGACUUCUUAUAAUGAUUCAAAUUCUCCUUCAACCUCUGUUCAAAUGGCUGAUACUACUUCCAUGAAGGACCCUAAUGUCAAAUUCACCGCCUUCUCCAACUUAAAACCUUCGGCGAGGCAUGAUAUGGUGAUGGUAUUUACCUGCAAAGUCUGUGAGACAAGGUCUGUGAAGACAUUGUGCCGGGAAUCUUAUGAGAAAGGAGUUGUGGUGGCACGGUGUGAAGGAUGCAGUAAUCUCCACCUGAUUGCAGACAGACUCGGGUGGUUCGGAGAACCCGGGAGUGUUGAGGAUCUCUUGGCUGCUCAAGGCCAAGACGUGCGCAAAGGUUCUAUCGACACUUUAAAUCUUACUCUCGAGGAUUUAAUUGGUACUAUGAAAUCCUCAUAAUCAUCAAUAUAGUUAUCAGUCUUGAAUUUAGCUGAGUUAUGGUUUUCUUUCAGAAAUAUAUUGUUGUGCUUGUUCAUUAUAUCCAUUUAAACUUCUUGAUGCACUGAAGAUGAGUUCUGAUUAUCCAAGUUAUGUUUUUAUCCAAGCUCAGAUGAAAUUCUAGAGGCAUUGUUUCCUUGGUGUUCAA